AUGGCUGAAGGUUUGGGGGAAAGAGAGAUAGAUCUCCUUUUGGAUGAUGAGAUGGAGGAUUCUCCACAAAGAGAUGGCAAUUCUGCCAAUUUGACACCGCCACCUGCUCCUCGUGGUCAAGGUGGUUCUCCUCCCCGGGGUGGUGGAGAUACAGGAAGAGGAGGUGAAGUGGACGUGGGUCGUCAUCACAAUGAUGUAGGUGGGGGCGAAUCUGGUGUACGUGGUCGUGAUGACGACCAAGAUAAUGCUUAUGGAGCUGUAGAGCCACACCAGGGACGGGGAAGAGGCAGGGGAGUUGGAGAAGGUAGGGGAGAUGGAAGAGGAGAAAACAGGGGAGGUGGAAGAUCUAGAGGAGGAAGCAGGGGAGGUGGACAAGGCAGGGGAGGUGGACAAGGCAGGGGAGGUGGACGAGGCAGGGGAGGUGGACGAGGACUAGGUCAUGGUGGUGGAAG